CUGCUCCGUAAUAGCGAAAGGAAAAAAAACGGCCUACCGCCUCGCAUUCAAUUCCCGCCGAUUGCUAGCAGUUCCACGAACUCCUGCCCCCUGAUCCUCUCAACCCCCAUCCGCCUUUAAGCUUGGCCUAGUCGACUCACUAGACCCGCCGUUGCUGUGGACUUGUCUUUUAGGCGCCUCUGUUCUGCGCGAAACUCCCGACAAGCUGGGCCCCGACUCUUGACCCUACUGCAAAAAAGAAAAUUGUGCUACCGCUCUCUCGACCCGCUGUCACUACGCCCGUCGAGAUAGCUUCGAUCAUCGCCUUCGCACCCUUCAUCCUUCCUAUCAGACACACAUCCGGGCAGAAGACUCUAGAAUGGCUUCAAAGUUCCUACGAGAAUACAAAUUGGUAGUUGUUGGUGGUGGUGGUGUCGGAAAGUCAUGCUUGACUAUUCAAUUGAUUCAGAGUCACUUCGUCGAUGAAUAUGACCCGACAAUCGAAGAUUCGUACCGCAAGCAGUGUGUCAUCGACGAGGAGGUCGCUCUGUUGGAUGUCCUAGAUACGGCCGGACAGGAGGAGUACUCGGCAAUGCGUGAACAAUACAUGCGAACCGGUGAAGGGUUUCUCCUCGUUUACUCCAUAACGUCACGCCAGUCCUUCGAAGAAAUUAUGACAUUCCAGCAACAAAUUUUACGAGUCAAGGACAAGGAUUACUUCCCCAUCAUCGUGGUCGGUAAUAAAUGCGAUCUAGAGAAGGAGCGAGCCGUCACAGUAGAAGAGGGUGAAGCUCUAGCAAGACAGUUUGGCUGCAAAUUUAUUGAAACAUCCGCGAAGUCUCGUAUCAACGUCGAAAACGCAUUUUACGACCUCGUCCGUGAGAUUCGUCGGUACAACAAAGAAAUGUCGUCGUACCCGUCAGGCUCGGGAGCCUUCGGCAAUCGCGCCCCAGAGGGCAAAAUGGACGUGAGCGAGCCAGGCGACAGCGCUGGUUGCUGCGGAAAGUGUAUUAUAAUGUAAUUGGGUAGGCGCUGGAGUUGAAAAGGAUACAAACACCACGAGUCAAGAUACGGAAGGGAGCAAAACAUAUAAUAAAAAUUCGACUGGAAAACGAGAUAUUGGCGACAGGAAUAGCGCCACGGCCUCGGAGCUAAUUGUGGCUUGUCGACGCUUUUUGGAUUGUGAAAUUUAUACCACACGAGACUCGCUAUCGGAUGUGAUGCCUGCUCCAUGAUGCCGUCAUCAUCUCCAUGAACGUUCGAUUCCCC